AUGGAAACGCAAGAUUUCGCUAUCCCUGUUUCCCUACCAUCAGGCAUGCUUACUACCGAUGGCACUAAUAUCAAAUUGUUGAUGGACCAAAAUGACAACGAUAAUGUAGCUCUAGAAAACAUCAGUUUAGAAGAGGAUGUUGUCAAGCUAGCUAAAGCUCGUCGAGAAAUUCGGAAUAACAUUUCUAAACAAAGUGUAAUCAAUUUUCACCUUAAGCAACAUAUCAGCAACUACGAUACUUAUAUUGGUUUACUUGUCAGGCAUAAUCUUUGCUUAAAGGAUGCCGCCGACCGAUUGGACCGUCUUGACGCAGUAGAGCCACGAUAUCUAGGGCCUCUGAUAAAUGAUAUCAAAGAAAAGCAUUUCAGUAACUUACUUCAUUUACUGCAAACUACACCAUUUUAUAUUGCCUGUCUAACACGCUUGGUAUCACUAAUGGAGAUUGACAAUUUACUUCACUUUGUCAUGUUUACAUUAUUCGGAAAUCAAAACAACUCUAGAGAGGAGCAUCUUCUCUUAUUAGUGUUUGAGGAUAAAAAAGUUUUAAAUCUCCUACUUAUGCUUAUGCCGGUUUACAACUUACAGAAAGCUUUCAAAUUGGAAUUUGAAGAAGCUGAAGAAUGGGGAAGUCUGUUACGAGCAAACAAUGCCUUAUCACGUAUGAUGACAACAUACACAAAACGAAAAUUAGGCAAAGAUUAUCUAAUAAGUACUCUCGCGCAAGUUAUGAACGAUGUUAUUUCAGAUCCGGAUUUGGACUUAGAGAUUGAUCCUCUAAAGAUUUAUAAAACACUGGAAAUAGCAGAGAACUUGGUUUCAACGGAAGAGGAGAAUUUUCCAAGUGCCUCUCCUCAAAUCAUAACAUCGUUAAUUGGGAGCUUCUUCUUUUUAAGAUUUGUUAAUCCUGCCGUCGUUACUCCUAAAGCUUAUGGAAUAACUACGGAACCGAUAUCUCCGAAAACCACUCGAAAUUUAACUCUGAUCGCCAAAAUUUUGAAAUGCUUAGUUCACGCUACCACAGUUAAAGAGUCGUGUAUGUAUCCCUUACAAUCUUUUAUUGAUCAGCACCAUGAUCCUCUAAAGGUAUUCCUGGAUCAGUUAUGCGACGUUCGAAAUUUUCAUGACAACAUUGAAAUGGAUGGAGCAAAUGAUCGGUUAGAUUGUAUAUUGACUGAUCUCGGGUCGGCCUCAAAAUUAGAUCCGACUAAUGACGAAAUUAUUUCCAUAAAAUUAAGUAGCCGUUGGGAACCUUUUACAGAUAUAAAGAGAAUUACGAAAAUGUAUUCAGAAAAUGAUAUUAAAAAUUUUGGGAUUGCAAAAGAGAAGUUAAAGGAUGUCCUAUUGAAAUUUUUUACAGAGGUUCCUGAAAGUUUUAACAAAUCUACUUUAGAAGAUGCUAUCUAUACAGUUAUAAAUAGCAAAAUUCCGGAUAUGGCUCAAUUAGCAAGCCCUUUGCUUGAAGACAUUCAUAGAUCACGCCAAGAACAUAUUGAACAUCCGUUAUAUUCUAACCAGUAUUUUCAUCAAAUUAAGGAGGAAUUAAAGGUAAUGCUAUUGCAAGAACAAUGCGUAGAUUUUGAAGUAACAAUUUUGAGAGAUGUUUAUCAGUCGUUAUGUGAGCACGGAAGCUUUCUGAAGGAACAGCUCAAUAGUUACAAAGAGUAUUUACAAAAUACAAGAAAAGCUGUUGUGAGCAAGUUUAAUCCGUAUGGAAAAGAUGAAAAUUAUCAAAAUGAAAAUUAUAUCAGUCCUUAUCGCUGUUCGCAUUUGCAAUUGUUAAAAUACAGAAUUAUUGUCGACAUUGCACAUGAAGAUAUAAAAAAUAAUGGCUCUGACCUCUGGUAUCUAUUUUCUUCGCCAAGUCCUGGCCAUUUUAUAAUUACUUUAUUAGACGAAGCCCAAUCUAAAAAUCUCAUUCAGAUUAGCGUUACUCUAGAAGAAUUACUGGAACUGCUUUAUAUAAGAAAUUCGGGUACGGCUGAUAUCUUAGUAAUUCGAAUACAAAUUUAA